CUACGCGAGAGUAAGCUCAAGUCUCAACUUGAUGGCAAGCUCUAAUUCUAUGAGAGUAGUAGAUCCUCCUAAUGCUGUGAGCUCCCAGCCUCUAGAAGAGCCACCUUCUCAUAAAUUUACACAGGAUUCUGUUAGGGUUGAGGCUCCUCUGAACGAGCAACUGAAUGAUGAAAAUGAAUGUGACAUUUACAUGGAAGCUAAGGAGAGUGAUGGUCAAGAGUCGCAUGCUGUUAUCCAGUUAGAUCAUAAGAUGAAGUCUGUCCCACAGAACAUGGUCCCUGGCAUGGACAACUUGACAGAGCAUUAUUCAGAAGAAUCCAACAUUAGUUGCACAAUGAAUAGAUUGAUCUACGAUGAGAAACCUAUGACUUCUACUAAAGCAGAACUUCCCUCAAAGUCUUCUGAUUCUCUUGAUGAACAAUCUCAAACUAGCAAUACAGAAGAAGCUCUGGGGCUUGAUAAGGAAACCAUGGAAAUCCCAAGAAGUCUUUCUGUACCAAAAGAACUGAAGUUAGAUUUUCCACUUUUGCUUGAUUUGGUAAAGACCAGUUCUGUUCCAGUGCUCAUGUGUGUCGCUACUCUCACUGGCCUCUCUCCUAAAGGAAAAGCUAAUUUAUUUCAAGAUUUUUUAAAGAUAGCUGUUCGAUUUAGAAAUCCAGAAUCGGAAACAGCAAAGCAAUAUCUUGCCAGCUUACAGGAAAGGUGUUCUAAGGAGGGCCUGUCUUCUUUUAAUUUCAAUAUUUUGGGAAAAUUCCCUUUCAAUGAUCUCAUGUGGUUGUUGGGCACUAAGCGUUCAAGUAUCAGCCUCUGCUUUCUCUGUUGCCUCCUUCAAGCUCUUAAGCUAAGAAAAAUUCCAAUUAAAUUAUUGGAUAUCGCAGAAAAUGAAGCAGAUGCUAAUGAAGAGGAUCUGAAGCAGAACAAGCAUGGGGAGUGGCUCUUUUAUGAAGUAACGAAGAGGCUGAAGGCUCUCAAGAAUCACCAGGAAAAACUGGAUCUCCUUGAGCCCGGCGUUACGUUCCUCAACGUCUUCAAUAUUGGUCAAAGCAAAGCAGCAUACAACUUCCUCCCAUUUCUUGGCCAGCAUUGCAAGAGAUCACUGCCAUUAUUUUUUGCAUCCAGGGCAGAUGGUACUGACUUGUGUAAGCCACUGGAUUCUGAGUGCUAUGAAGAAUGCAAAAUGUCUGUCAACCAUUUACUUAAUGUUUAUGUGUCAAGACAGAAGUUUAUCAAGCACAUUGUAAGAUCUCUAUCAAGUGAAACUUCAGAGCCACCAAUCAUCAUGCACCAGCUGUCCUGUAAUCAGCAAUCAUUGAGAUUGGAUAAUCUCAAGGAAAUAUUUAAGAAAAGUGCCGUCAAAGCUACUUUCGAAGAUGUCGAUCUCUCAGAUAUGAAACAGACCAAGAAGAUUCUUGAAAAAAUGGUUGUCAGAAAUAUGGCUAAGUAUGUUACGGGUCUACCUGUAAGGUGGGUUUUUCUACGCAGCCUUCUCCAGGCUUUAAAUGUAUCACUUAUGACUAGAAGUGAUAUCAGUAAAUUGGCCACUUCAUGUGGUGCUGGUAUAGAUUCCAGUGAAGUUGAAGCAUUUCUGACCACCUUCACAAGCUUUGCCAGUCUCCUUUACAUCCCCUCCUACACUGAUAUUGUCCUGCUGGAUAUCGAGAGAUUCACUGAUUGCCUCGACAAGGUCUUUGAUUGUGGCCAAUCUCUUGAUAAAGCAAGUUCCUAUGGAUUCAUUACUGAAGGAGCCAUUGAUAAGUUAGCAAAAGAUGAGAAGUUAGACUCUGGAAUGUUUAAGACCCUCUUGAAGUCUUUUUGUUUCGCUGUUCCAGUUUGCGCAUCCAAAGUGAAGAGUAAUAGUUUCUUUAUUGAAGCAGAUCGUUCGUUCUACAUUCCCAGCAUGCGUCCUUCAAAAGCAACCAAUGGUCCUCAGUUUUAUUCUCUCUACCUCCAGUACACAUCAUGUGUACCUGGGAAUAUUCAAGUUCUUUUGAGUCGUCAUUUCCUCAAAUACAGCAAUUGCUCUCUUGUUCCUUGCCUACACAUCAAUACUUCGAUCAUCAGGAUACAUCACAGUAAAGAGAAGCACGUUGAUGUUACCAUAAUUGACCAUAAAGAUAUUGUGGAGCUGAGAUUGGAACACGGUCGUUUUGCAGAAGCAUACAAAACAGCUUUCCCAUUGGUAGUCAAAGCAUGCACUGCUGCCAUGGAAGAUGUCAAGAAGUCGGUCGAUGAUUUAACGUAUUAUUUUUUGUUGCGUUGUACUAAGAGUGAUGAUCACCAGUUCAUCUAUCAGUAUCACAGAAUGGAAAAUGACAAGAACACUUCAUGCAAAAAAUGCAGUGAAGUUGAGCCCAGUGAUUCUUAUCCCGUUUCCUUGCGGGAACAUUGGGAAUCAUCUGUUUCUAAAAUGCUUAUUGAAAGUGAUGGAAAAGAAUUAGGGACAACGAAAGAUUCCUUGGAGCUGGCUAGUCUUGCAGUAAAGCUAUCUGAAGAGUUUGUAGAUGAUGAGAGUCAGUUGAGUUUGUUGAGACAGUUAAAAGUAGAACGAGAAAUUUGGGAUGAUAUUAAAGUCAAGACUGGUGGUGGGUGGAUGGCAUUUGCGGUGUUGCUUGAUCAGUGGAUGAAGAGGCACAAAAAAUCGAAGGAUGAACUUCUGAAAGAGCUCCAUAUAUUUUUAUAA